AUAUUCUGUCUGAACAUGGAUGCUAGCAAUGUUGCAGAAUCUACAAACUGUCUUCCUAACGAAAAUGCUCCAAAUAAAAGCAGUGAUAUCUCUACUUCCUUGGAUAUGAAUAUUUCACUCGAUGCAUCAGAGUCCUGUUCAGAAAAGGAACAGAGUUCUAUUACUGACGAAACAGGUUCCCUUAAGACACCGCCUGUUAAUGAGCAAGUCACAGUAAAGUUGAAUACUGACGGAGGCAAUGAGGUAUGGAUUAAACCAAAAAGUUUCAGUGAAGGAAAUGGUGAAAGAAGAGAGUUGGGGGCAUUUUAUAAUGACUCCCCUUCAGGGGAAGGACACACUGGACCUUCAGUGUACAGACUGAAUGAUCCUUGCAGAGCAGAUGAUGAGGGGAGCACUAUGGACUAUUUGUUACAGUCGGUGGAGUCUACGUGCAACAAAGAUACGGUCAAUAUGAAAGAGGACACUGAGAAUAACAUUGCCUUAGAUUCUUCUCAUGACCAACCUGAGCAUGUGAACACAAUAACAAAAACAGAAGUCACCGAAUCAGCACGCCAAACUGGUGGACCUGUGGAUGUUGCGGCUCAAGAAGGAAAUUCAGGAACUGAGCCAAAUGUGGAAGAGGUUGAUCUUAAGACAGAUAACUGCCCACAGCCACUCUCCGAUGAUCAAGGUGGUAGAACACCAGUGCCAGAGGAGGAAGAGAUAGAGGUGAUAUGUGAUGUAAAGACUGUGGAGGAUCCUGAGGGCGCAAAAAUAACCAGAAAGGGUGACGCACAAGGCAGUGAGUCAGAGGGCAAAGAAAGUGACACCUGUGAGACUUCGCCAAAGAUAACUCCCAGUGUGGUAACUUCACCAGAAACUGUUAAAGUUAAAGUGGAAAUGUUGUCUGCCUGUCAAACUGAUGCAGCUAGUGAUAAUGCUGAAAAAACUGAUAAGGACAAGGAGGUUAAGGAAACAGUCCAAAGAUCCUCAAAAAGAGAAAAUUGUUCAUCAUCUAACAAAACAAAUGUAAAGGAUAGUUCCACCACAAUGGUUAAUAUUAAGGAGGAAGAUUAUGUUUCACGGCGACCAAGGCGGACCACCAGAUUGUCUCUACAAGCAGCUCAGGCUCAGGCUCAAGCUGAAGCCCAAAUCCAUUCUCCUCGUCCACAAAGGCCUUCACGAUCCUUGGCAAAAGUAACUUGUGCUAACUGCAAAAAGCCCCUGCAAAAGGGACAAACUGCAUACCAGAGAAAAGGGGCACCUCAGCUCUUCUGCUCUUCCACAUGUCUAUCAAACUAUUCUCAGAAGCCAUCAUCGACCAAGAUAUGCACAUUUUGCAACAAGGAUAUCUUGAAUACAAAAGAAUUGGUGGUGGCACAGGCUGGUUCAAGUCAGUCCUUCCAGGAAUUCUGCAACUCUACUUGCUUAUCACUGUAUGAAGCCAAGCUGCUUAAACCAGCUUCAUCAGAUGAAUCCUCAAGAUGCAGUAUCUGCAAUAAAAAAGGAAAGAUUCUACAUGAAGUGAGUAAUGGAAAUGUCGUCCAUCGGCUGUGCAGCAAUGCCUGUUUCAGCAAGUUCAGAGCAAGCAAUGGCCUGAAAACUAACUGUUGUGAUAAUUGUGGGGUUUAUUUUUACAACCGAGGAUUUAUGCUUCAGUACCUGUAUCAUGAAGGACAACAGAGGAGGUUCUGUAACACAGGCUGUUUGAAUAUGUAUAAAAAGAAAAACACUAAAGUGCUUCCUUGUGCUUGGUGCAAAACUUUGGGCAAGAACUUCGACAUGAUAGCAAAUGUGGAUACCACUGGAAAGAUGGGUUUUUUCUGUUCACUGUGCUGUAUCACUUCGUACAAAGUAAAACAGUCUGGCACAAUAGGACCCAAAUCUAAAUGCAAAUUUUGUAAAAAGAAUCUUCCAGAGCGGGUUUAUUACAACAUGACUGAUCGAGUUGUGCAUCAGUUCUGCAGCCCUAACUGUUGGACUAAUUUUCAGCAGUCCAGCCCUGAAGGCAGCAUACAACUUAACUGCACGUACUGCCACAAUAUUUUCACUGGGAAACCGGAAAUACUGGACUGGCAGGGCAGUGUUCGGCAGUUUUGUUGUAAGGUAUGCUGUGAAGAUUAUAAAAGGCUGCAUGGUGUUGUGUCCGUCUGUGAAUAUUGCAAACAGGAGAAGAUACUGCAUGAGAAGAUUAAGUUUUCGGGAGUAGAAAAAAAUUUCUGUAGUGAAGGUUGUGUGCUUCUUUAUAAGCAGGACUUUACCAAAAACCUGGGCUUGUGCUGCAUCACGUGUGCUUACUGUUCCCAGACCUGUCAGAGGGCAGUGACCAAAGAGCUGGAUGGAAAUACAUGGGAUUUCUGUGGGGAGGAAUGCAAAAGCAAAUACCUACUGUGGUACUUCAAGGUAGCCAGAUGCCAUGCCUGCAAACGUCAGGGCAAGCUUCUGGAAACGGUACACUGGCGCGGGGAAAUUAAACACUUCUGCAACCAGCAGUGCCUCUUGCGCUUCUACAGUCAGCAAAACCAACCCAAUCUAGCGACGCAGAAGGGACCCGAAAGUCUACUCAACAAUGAGGCGCAGGAGUCUACGAGUGCGACGUCUCCGACUCCCUCUCCGACUCCCUCUCCCACGCAGUUUGAAGCAUCUGUACAGACUCGGUCAUCGAAACAACAACCUCCACCACCACCGCCGCCACCACCUUCACCACCAUCUCCACCUCCUGUGACACUGAAGAAUAAGGCUGUACUGUGUAAACCCUUGACUCAGAAUAAGGGCAUCUCCUGUAAACCUGAAAUGAAGUCCAAAGGAUGUCAAACAGAGGAAGAAUGGAAGCCACAAUUGAUUGUGGUACCUAUCCCUGUGCCAGUCUUCAUACCAGUGCCUUUGCAUAUGUAUUGUCAAAACACACCAGUGCCUUUCUCUAUGCCAAUCCCGGUCCCUAUUCCGAUGUUCCUUCCUACUACUUUAGACAGUGCUGAUAAGAUAGUGGAGGCAAUAGAGGAACUGAAGGUCAAAAUUCCUUCAAACCCAUUUGAAGCUGAUAUACUCGCCAUGGCUGAGAUGAUAGCAGAGGCUGAGGAAAUGGAGAAAGCUUCAUCAGAUCUUUGUGAUCUUGCUAGCAAUCCAAGUGCUGAUGGCCUCCUGGAAGACUGUGACUUAUUUGGACCUGCCAGAGAUGAUGUGUUGGCCAUGGCAGUUAAGAUGGCUAAUGUUUUAGAUGAGCCAGGGCAGGAUUUGGAAGCAGAUUUCCCAAAAACCCCAUUGGAACUUAACUCUGGUGUUGACUUCCUAUUCGACUGUGGAAUUGUAACAACAGAUGAAGAACAGCCAGAAUCUGAAAUCCCACGAGCAGUCAGAAGGGGUCAGAAGCGGCUGAUGCUUUCAGAAAGUUGUUCCCGUGAUUCUCUUGCUAGCCAACAGUGCUGUACUGGAUUAAAUUACUCUUAUGGCGUCAAUGCUUGGAAGUCCUGGCUCCAGGCUAAGUAUGCCAGUGGCGAUACCAGUAAAAGCGAAGAGCUCAGGUUUGGACCUAAACCGAUGAGGAUUAAAGAGGAUAUUUUAUCCUGCACUGCUGCUGAACUAAACUACGGGCUGGCUCAAUUUGUUAAAGAAGUGCAGAGGCCCAACGGGGAGCGGUACGAGCCGGAUAGUGUUUACUACUUGUGUCUUGGAAUUCAACAGUUCUUGCUUGAAAACAACAGAAUGGUCAACAUAUUCACUGAUCUUUAUUACCUUACCUUUGUCCAAGAGUUGAAUAAAAUGCUACAAGGUUGGCAACCAAGUUUGCUUCCAAAUGGUUUGAUAUUCUCUCGAGUAGAGGAAGAGCAUCUCUGGGAAUGUAAGCAACUUGGAGUAUACUCGCCCUUUGUUCUACUGAACACACUGAUGUUCUUUAACACCAAGUAUUUUGGACUGAAGUGCGUCGAAGAGCACAUGCGUCUGUCCUUCACUAAUGUUGUUCGGCAGUCCAGGAAGUGCACAACACCCAGAGGAACCACAAAGCUUGUCAGCAUUCGAUAUUACAUGCCUGCUAAUUAUAAAAAAGGAAGGGAUCAAAGCAGCACUAUGGGAAAGAGGAAACGUGAAGAGGAAGUUGCUGUUCUAGAACAGAGAGAAAACAGAAUGAAUCCAUUAAGAUGCCCUGUGAAAUUUUAUGAAUUCUACCUCUCAAAAUGCCCUGAGAGUAUGAAGAGCAGGAAUGAUGUUUUCUACUUGCAGCCAGAACGCUCCUGUGUGGCAGAGAGCCCCCUGUGGUACUCGGUCAUUCCCAUGGAUCGGAGUAUGUUGGAGAGCAUGCUGAAUAGAAUUAUGGCUGUGAAGGAAAUCUAUGAUGACUAUUCAAAGGAUUCACUUGAAGAUGAUGAUGUUGAAGGAUGAUGUUUAGUAGAUAUUGUACAGCGUUCUGUUACAUUUAUUAGAAAAUACAAUGGGUCAUUAUAGGCUGGCCUACUUGGUGCUGCGGGGAAAAAAAAUACUACACACGUACUUGCAGAGUCAUGUGGCCUGUUGAGAGAGCAGAGACGGUUAGACUAUCACCAUUGUUUAGAGACAGUAUCCCUUUUAGCGUGCGUACAUUUGCUGACGGUCAGGUGUACGCAACAUUCUUAGUGACCAAAAACUAUAUCAUGAACCUAAAACUCCUGCAAUCGGUGAACAGGCAGCUUUGUUCUUGCUUUGAAUGGAACAGCUGACAUUUAUAGCGGAAUGCUCACUGCUGCGAUGGGAGAGCCCUUCAAUUAAUUGCAAUCUUGGGAUUUUCAGAGUUGCUUAAAUGGUUAUUGUUAUGAAAUGAUGAAUGCCGCAAAAUAGCCUGCCUUCCCAUCGGUCCCAUUUUGUUUUGUGUAAAAGGAGCUUCAGGAGGGUAACGGAGAGCAAGAGGAGAGAUUGAAGUCAAAUAUCUCUAGAAUAUAUUGCCUUGCAUGCUUUUUCUAGGAGAAUUUGAAGGCAAGUGGCAUAACACUGAGGCACACCUGGAAUUUGCUCUCUGAAAUAUCCUUGUAUUUGCUAUUACAUUACAGUUUAAUUCUCAGCUGUUCUGCUGAUGGAGCUUGGGAGAGGCAUGAACAAGGGAAAAUGUUUUCAAAGUGCGUGAAUAGAAAUUUAAAAAUAUAUUUUUAUAAUUGGUUUGAAGGUGGGAAAAAAGGUAAUACCAUCAGCAAGUCACUUAUCUCUCUGAAGGGUGUUUUCUGGUUCAGUCUGCUGGGUCUCAUUCAGAUAUAAGGAGUUGAAGAUCUAAGUGAAUGGUUGCUAGAGAAAAUGAACAACAGAGAAGAAACAAGGAACUUGAGCACCGUAAAUUGACCCUCCUUUAUAGUUCAUGCCUACCCUUCUGAUAUGUUUGAUUUCUGAAUCUGUUUUUAAAAAAAUAUUGUAUUUCAUGUACUUUUUUAUUAUAACCAAAAAGGCUGUGAACAAUUUAUAGGUGCUAGUUGUUGUCAUUAUUGCUAGUGCAGAGGACCUUGAAAUAUUGAAGAUAGCAUGAAGGUUAUCCAGAGAGUACUUUUUUGUUCCCAGUUUCCUAAUUUUAAUUUCUGUUGAAAUAAGCCUUUUUAAUUCCUUCAUCUCGUUCCUCAAUGCUGCUAAAGUCAGUAGCAAUGAUGCUUUCACAACUUUACCUAUCAGACUGUGUCCAGCUAAAUUUCUUUAGGCUGUCAUAUGGUAGAUUAGAAUUUGAAGUGGCACUCAAAACAAAAGAAUCUCUGUAGCUCAUGCACGUAGCUAACAGACUGAAAUAUCUGCCUCUGUUUUGGCAAUUCAGGGUUGAUGGGGUUAAGGCAAGCAAAUGUUGCUGCAUCCUCAUACAGCACUUGCUCUAUCUUUCUACUGCCAAGUGGUUCAACAGAACUGUUGAAAAAUUCAGUAUGUGUAGAAACGCAAAUGAGAAGGGGAUCAAAAAGGGGAUACUGUCUCUUAUGUGUAUUUCUGUAGUAUAUAUGAAUCUGUUUCAGUGAGCUAGAUCAGUGUAAAACCAAUCUGUUUUAAAAUGAUAAAUAUCUGCACAGUAUUCAGUUGGUAAGCUGAUAGUUUGCCAAGUUUUCUCUCAGUUUAAUUUUUUUAAAGAAAAAUUUAAAAGGUGCUUAUGCAAACUGGAUGGACAUUACAUUGCGAGGGAUUUACAAACUGCUGUACCACAAUCAUCAAUUGUUAAGACUCCUAUAUCUAGAAGAAAGCAGUUCAGUUUCAUUCAAAUUAUUUCAGGAAGUGUUUUUUUUUUGAUGUGAUGUAACAUUUAGGGAAAAAAGUAUUUACAUGUCCGCAGUGAAACAUUUUUAGGGUAUGUAGUGUAGGGACACUAUAAUGACCCUUUUAUAUCUUCCUUAUGUUGAAUUGUAAUCUGUGAAGAACUAUGUCUUCUCCACUUAGAGUGAAAGAAAUUCUUGAUAGAUGGGUAAUUUGAAACAAUAAGAAUCUCAAUUUUAUUACGUAGAGUGGUGUAUGCUUCCAUGAUGCUAUCUUGUUUUGGAAAAAGGGAUUAGAAAAAAGGUGGCCGAAGUUUGUUACAGUGGACCCUGCUAAAUGGUAUCUGCUUCUAGAAAUGCAAUUGUAUAUUUGUUAGAUUCUUUCUAAUAAGUAACAACAGUAAUAUUGCAUUGAUCUGGGAUUCGGUCCAUUCAUCCAAUAAUGGCCAUUGGUUGUUUUACUGCUCCCAAGACUAACCACACAGUCAUUGUAUAAAUUGUUGACCAAAGCUGAACAAUGUCAUCUUAUUUUAUUGGAAAAGAUUGUAGAAAAGUGGCUGAAAACAUAAAGAUUAAUCGUGUUCUCCCAGUUACAUAUUUUGUGUAUUGUGCAUUCAUUGGUCCUUUUUAACUAGUUGUACAGAAUUCCCAAAUUUGAUGCUUGACUUUGUUGUGAUGAAAAUGGUUUCUAAAAAAAAAAUCUUCUGGUUUGUGGCUGAUGGCAUUAGGACAAUGAGCGAAUGUUUGUAAGGCUGCCUUUUCCGAUUAGUUUCCGAUGUUUCUUCAUCAGAAUUCAUGAAAUGUUGCUGAACCAUUGCAGCAUAUAGUAAAGGAAAUUACUGAGCUGUUUUGUACACCCUUUCUCUUUUGUUUACUCUCCUUCCACCACCCCCUCCCCCAAACAUCACCUGCCCCACAACACACUGUCAAAAUAUUUAUUAUGUGUUUAUUGUAUACAGAGAUGAUUUACUUCAGAAAGAGUAAUUGUCUGUGUUCACUUUAAAUUUAGCUGUCAGUUUAGAUUAGUUCUGUGGAGAUUAACUACUAACGUCUUCUAUUUAAGUGAUGGUUGAUUAGCUCUUUUACAAUAUUUUAAAAGCAUCUCUUCUGCUUCCCAUUCAGUGUGACACGAUUCAAGGUUGUUGCAAUUUUUGUGAUAGCCAAUGAACAAAGGAGAAUUGGAAGAAAGUGAGACUUGCCAAGAAAGACUCAUGUGAAGAGUGUUUUAGACUCCUCCUGUCUUCACAAAAUUUCUGCAUUCCUGAGCUCUCAGAUUCAUGUUGAAUACAUUUCCAAGUCCUCAUCAUAGAAGCUACUUUUUAAAUUGAAGCAACUCUAUUAAAUAUUAGUAGAAACAGUGUCUUAGUCAUUUUUACUCCUGAUAUUCAAAUCCAUGCUUUUAACAGCAUUGGUGGCUAUCUGUUGCUUUGGAACUGUUCAUUUUUUCCUUUAAAUUCCUCCAAACAGAAGUAAUAGUAGCAGUGCUGUCCCCAGGUGAGAUCACUUAAUACAGCACAGGUUAGGCAUCAAACACUGGAGCUCUUGCUGUCUGAGACUCCAUUUCAAACUGGAUGCACUUUGUCAACUGAGCCAUUGGGGGAGAAAAUGUCCGGCCUACGUUAUAUAUUAUGUUGACGACAUGAGCCAUUUUUAUAGCUUUUCAGUUUAAAACGUACAUCACAUGUUCCACAUGAAAUUCCAUUUAAUGUAAGACUAAAAACUAAGCUCUCCUCUUCCAAAUUAAAAUAUAUUUAGCACAGCUAUUGCUUGCAGAGUGAUUUAUAUUGGUUUGUUUCAAUAAAGAUCUAGAAUUUCUUAUUUGAAUUGCAUUGAUUUUACCUUUUAGUAGCUAUAUAUUUUCCAAAGCAAUAGUACUACCUACGUUUUUGUAAACCACCAACUACUGCCUCAUUGCUAUUCUUUUGUCUCCAGACAGGCUAUUCUGGGUUUGCAGAGUGCCAUUCAGCUGUGUUGUUCCAUUUACAAUUGGCAAUAAGUAAGCUAUUUGGGUGAGAAUAGAGGUGGCAAAUCUUGUCAGCUUUUCUUCCCUUCCGUCACCCUUUUUGAUGCCUUCUCUUGUCUCCUUGCUGUUCACAAUGAAUUGCUUUAAAGUUUGACUUGAUUUCAGGCUCCAAACUGCAGGAUGCAACUAUGAUUAAAUGUACUUGGAGCUCAGACGUAAUGUCUUUUGUGUUUAUAGUCUGAAUAUUAGUUACUGUGUAGUCAUUUUAUUGUUUGUUCCUAUGGAAUUCUAUAUGGGUGCUGAAUCUAACUAUAUUUCUUUUGAAUCCACCCUACACCCCUGACUGCAACUUGAAUACUCAUGCCAGUCUUGUAGGUCUCAUUCCAUGUCCUCAUUGAGAAUUCUUAUCCCUUUACUGUUGAGAACUUUGCAGAAAAUCUGCUUUGCUGUAAAUGUUCUCCUUGCUUAUAGGGGAGUGUCCGUGAACUUGAAUCGAACCAUUAGCUGUCUUGUUUCUGUUGUGUUUUUAAUAUCAAGUGGUGUAAAGUACUGCAUUUUACAAUAAUUUUCAAUACAGAUUUUACUCUGUUUGGUUGAGCCUCUAAUACAGUAAGCUGCUAUAUUAUACCACUGUUGUGUUUGAAUAAAAGUUGUAUAUACAUCUAUAAA